GCGAGAACGGGGAGGAGUUUCCGACCGAGCAUUAAAGGCGCGUCCAACCGUCUUCUAGUGCAUCCUGUUUGUUUGCCAGCUGAGGAGUGUUGUACUUGUGGAUCUGCAUUUGCUUAAAACAGCGCGAUGGCUGACCAGCUGACAGAGGAGCAGAUUGCCGAAUUCAAAGAGGCUUUCUCACUCUUUGACAAGGAUGGAGAUGGCACCAUUACAACCAAAGAGUUGGGUACCGUCAUGCGCUCUCUGGGCCAGAACCCAACAGAGGCUGAGCUGCAAGACAUGAUUAAUGAGGUGGAUGCCGAUGGAAAUGGAACGAUAGACUUUCCUGAGUUCCUGACCAUGAUGGCGAGGAAGAUGAAGGACACAGACAGCGAGGAGGAGAUCAGAGAAGCAUUCCGUGUCUUUGAUAAGGAUGGGAAUGGAUACAUCAGUGCUGCUGAGCUGCGUCAUGUGAUGACAAACCUGGGAGAGAAGCUGACUGAUGAGGAGGUUGAUGAGAUGAUCAGAGAAGCAGACAUUGAUGGUGAUGGUCAGGUGAAUUAUGAAGAGUUUGUACAGAUGAUGACGGCAAAGUGAAAGCCUUGUACAGAUCCUCUCUCUUCUAUAAAUAAUUUGCCUUUUUUUUUCUGUUUAAUUUAUCUGUAAAACGUUAAGUCCCCUCCCCCUCCCGGCUGUCCAAAGGAACUGCAUGUAAACUGCAUAGGAUCUAACUCCUCAUGUCCCUUUCUUUUGCUGUCAUCGUGUUUUUGGAGUGACGGUGCGGUUACACGAUCAGGUGCUUGUUGCGGCGAAAAGGGGGCUGUGGCGCGCAAAAACCUGCACGUCACGUCUGUCUGCCCUCCACCCGAUGCGUAGCAAGAGCGGAGACCUGCCAGCUGGCUUGUCACUUGAUGACGAUAACGUUGGCAGGGCAACAAUGUAGAGGAGUAACUCUGCAUGGACUAUGGACAAAGUAUAUAAUAUAUAUGAAAUUUAUCAGCAUUGCACUACUGCAAAAAAAGAAAAAGAAAAAAAGACACGGGUGUAUCUACUAGAUACUCGUACAUAAACUCUUUUUGUAUCUGCUGUUCUGUACCAGAGAACUUGUUUGAAUCUUAUGAUGCUUUUUAAUGUUUUAUUCACUUUCAUUUUUUUUUUUCUUUUUUUUUCCCUUUUUCUUUUUUUUUAAACGGCUUAACGGCAUUGUCAUGCCUCAAAUAAUCCAUUCCAAGUUGUAUAUUUUUGUUUUCCAAUAAAAUUUACAACCCAGAUUUGAAAGGUUUCCUUGUUUCUAGAGCAUCCUUAAAGCCCUUGAUAACUCAAAGCUCUUCAGUAUGUUGACCGUUAUGCAUCCCUGAGCUGAUUUUAGUGGUUUCAAUCCACUCACCAAUUACAUCAACCAGAAUGUUUACAAUUAUUGUAGUAGAAAUGGUUCAUUUGUAAAUCAUCAUACAAUGUAUCUCUGAGUCAACUGGUCAAAUAACUAUGUGUAAUCACAAAAUAGGCUGGGGGUCAGGCCUCCUUGUCAAAGCAAAAUAAACGUUCAUUAAAGUACUCUUGAAUGACAA